AUGUACUGCAGCAGCAGCAACAGCAGCAGCAGCAGCAGCAGCGGCAGCAGCAACAGCAGCCCCGCAGUUUCCGUAUACUCUCCCCUUGCUGUGUCUCCGCCUGGUCUCUGUUCUCCUGUCUGUGCAUACACCCCAGCAGCUCAGCCUCUCCUUAACCCCAAAGCAUUCAGUGCCUUAGAGUGCCUGCUGCCGCCCGAAGCCUCGCAGCAGCAGCAGCAGCAGCAGCAGCAGCAGCAACAGCAGCAGCUCCUGCUGCAGCAGCUGCAACAGAUACUGCAGCUGCGGCAGCAGAAGCAGCAGCUGCAGCAGCUGCAGCAGCAGCAGCAGCACAAGCUUUUGCAGCAGCCUCAGGCGCUCCUUGCUGCUGCAGCUGCAGCAGCAGCUGCUGCAGCUGCUGCUGAGGCGGCCCUAGGGGAAGCCCCUGAUGCUGCUAAAUGCAGCGUAGGUAGGGGGCCCCAGGGGGGCCCCCAUGAGGGCCUCCAAGGGGGCCCCCAAGGGGGGCCCCCAGGGGGCCCCCAAGGGGGCCCCUGUCGUGCUGCGCGGCGGCAGCGGCGGAGGCCGUGGAGGACCCCCUGGGAUCGGGGUGAGGGCAAGGCGGCAGCGUACCCUGUCUCAUCACAGCAGCAGCAGCAGCAGCAGCAGCAGCAGCAGUUGCUGCUGCAGCAACAGCUGUUGCUGCUGCAGCAGACAAAGGGAAAGUCCAUACAGAGGACCCGCGUGGGGGCAGCAGCAGAAGUGCAGCAACCCCCAGAGGGUAAGGAUGCAGCAGAAGGGAUGCAGGGCCCCCUCAGCCUAUCUGUCUCCUCGAGGCCUCGCAUGCAGCAGCCAGCAGCAACAGCAGCAGCAGCAGCAGCAACAGCAGCAGCAGCAAAAACCGAAAGAGCAGCAGUUGAUGAGAUAGACGAGGCAGUCAAGAUGGAGACAGAGCAUGGAGAGAGCCAGAACACCUAA